UCUACAGGUACAAAAGUCAAAGGUCAAGAUGGGUCGCGGUCUCAGCGGCGAAACAGAUCCCAUGGAGUUCAACGACAUGCACCCAUCCAACGCCAGAAGUAACGAUGUUCUCUUCACCAAGACCAGACGCCGGAACAAAAGGCUCAUCAUAAUUGUGGUGGUGGUCGCACUGACAGUUCUCGUAAGCUUGGCCAUCGGCCUGGGUGUCGGCCUACAGGAUGAUGACGAAAAUCUGGCCAAUUUACCGCUACACGAGAGAAUAGAGAGAGCUGAGGAAAUAUUGUCCAGAUACCCCUUGAUCGACGGGAGUUCUAGACGCGUUUAAAGAAGGAAAAAUCGGGAGUAUGAUCGGCCUUGAGGGAGGUCACUCCAUAGACAGCAGUCUGGGGAAUCUGCGCAUGUUUUAUGACCUUGGCGUCCGCUACAUGACCGUGACGCACAGCUGUAACACACCGUGGGCAGACAACUGGAAGGUUGACGAUGACAACAGUUAUGAAUUUGACGGGUUAGCUCCCUUUGGUGAGCUGGUGGUGAAGGAGAUGAACCGUAUCGGCAUGAUGGUGGACCUGAGUCACGUGUCCAAGCAGACGAUGGAGGAUGCUCUGGCCAUCUCCAGGGCACCGGUCAUCUUCUCCCACUCCUCAGCCUACCACGAGUGUCCUCACAACAGGAACGUCAGGGAUGAGGUUCUCCCCCUUGUCAGAGACAACGGCGGAGUGAUCAUGGUCAACUUCUACAGCGACUACAUCAACUGCUCCCACACGGCAUCUCUGGCGCAGGUCGCAAAUCACAUUGACUAUAUCAAGAACCAAAUUGGAGCAGACUACGUGGGCAUAGGCGGAGAUUAUGAUGGUGUUACAAGACUCCCGGUGGGUCUAGAGGAUGUGUCCACCUACCCUGACCUGUUCGCCGAGCUGCUCAGACGUGGCUGGACACCAGGCGACCUGGAGAAACUGGCGGGAAGAAAUCUCAUCCGAGUGUUCAAGGAAGUGGAGAGGGUCCGUGAUAGUCUGGUCAACGAACCGCCCUUCGAGGACUACAUUGAUGCAUCAACCUGGAAUAACCUGACUUGUAGAACAGGACCUUAAUUCUCCGUCUUUUCUUUCUUUUGGGGGGGGGGGGCUUGUUCGAUUCCUCAAGUCAUAUUUGUUAUCUUUUCAUCUUGCAGUUUAGUUAACCGAAAAUCCAUUGCAACCAGGCAAUGAACAUUUAAAAAAAAAAAUCAGAUUUGUCGGCAGUCAAAGCAAACUAACAGACAGAGCUUACAAUGUUAUUCUUUUUAUUCUUAGAGUAACUAUGUUGGUAUAAUAUGUUUUCGAUUAGUUUCUGCCAUAAUAUCUCUUAACGUUUUAAGGUGUGGAAGAUAUUUAUGUCUGCGAGAGCCUUGACCGCAUCAAGUAUUUCACAUUACAUAAAAAAGGUCUUAAGUAUCUUUAAAAUGUACUCUUGAUUUAAUCUAUCCAGGCUUCAAUAAGAGUAGUACAGAAUAUGAACAAUUGUGGGUUUUAAAAAUUUAUUCUUAUGUACUCCUUACUGGCAGAGACCUGACAACACUUUCUUUUACACUGCUCAUUGCGCUUAGAGGAGGGCCAACAAAAAAUCCUCUUUGCGAAGGCCUCAAUUUAUCUAUGUAUCGUUCUAGGCAUCAGCUGGCCCACGGGCCGCGAGUUCGAGACCCUUGCAUUAGAUGUUCCCGAAUCCACACGCUUUUACAUAAUAUUUUUAAUGCUCACGUCAUAGUCGUUAGUAUACAUUCCACUUACUCACCUAAACAUUAAUGUUUUGUUCUAAAGAUCCAAAUCCAUAUUUGUUUUAAUAAAUCCAUUGGUGAACCUAUCUUAACGGUAGUUUUAUGUUUCAAAAUAACGUUCAAUUAUUAAACAAAAAUGGCUGUUUCAAAAUGAAACUAUCAAAAGAGAAAAAACGACAAGUAUAAAGACAAAGGGAUCGAGAAUGGAAUCCUCUUUUUGUAGCAGAAAUGGCAGUUGGAUGAGCCAGCUAAAUCUUUCAUUAGAAUACGUUAAUGCAUAUUAUAUAUCAUACAGGUUUAAACAUAUUACAUAAUAUCUAUAAUAUAUUUAUAUAACAGUAUAGAUUCAUAUUUUUAAAGUCACAGAAAUAUAGCCAAAUAGAGUAGUACUUUAUACACCUGUUUUUUUUUAAAUAUAUGUUUAUUAUAAUUAAAGAAAAGAUUCAAAUUUCGGAAAAGAAUAUAACACUUUGCUUAUGCUAUAAUCUUACUUAUUUGAUUACUUUUUGCAAGGCUUGAAGCUGAAAAUUGCACUGUGUUGGUUUAUUUACUCAGAUCCAUAAGUAUAUCGUGUUAUUUGUACGUUUGUUUUUACCUCAUCCUUCUCCCUCUCCUGGGAAGGUCAUUUGGACGGAAGGGAAGAAAGAGAUAUAGGAUAAGAUAGAGAGGAGAUAGACAGAAAGAGGGAACAACAUGUCCAGAGAGGGAGAGAGAGAGAGAGAGAGAGAGAGAGAGAGAGAGAGAGAGAGAGAGAGAGUGUGUGUGACAGAGACAAUUAGUAACUUGCCACUUUUCGAUUCAUACCUGCGUUCGAAGCCAAUUUUCUUGCUCAGUGGAUUGAGGUUUUUUUACGGUGAAAAACUGAGACUUUUGUGAAACUGUAAAUGCAAAACAAAAUAAUAAAACUUUUUCGUUUAUGUAUGCAUGUGCCCUUUGUUCACUCCUUUUCUUUAUAAUAAAACCGAACUCUUGCUCA